CUUAGCAAUGUCUGAGGAGAAACAGCGGCCUUUAUCAUCGGAACUGCAGGUCGCCGCGCGGCACGUUGCUAGCUAGCUGCAAUGCUGUAGCUGUUAGCGCGGUCAUCGCUCUGCUUUCCGGUGCUCCACCCUCACCCCCGCUGCCAACAGAGCUCCACCCGCUCACCCCUCACCGUCCUCCGGCUUCUUAUUCCUCCCUCUCCGCCCGUUAGCCCCUAGCUAACUCCCUAGCUAACUCCUUAGCUAACUCCUCAGUAGCCGUCACUUCCCUGAGCGGCUGGAGGAGCAUGGCGAUGAGACAGACCCCACUCACCUGCUCCGGUCACACCCGGCCUGUGGUGGACCUGGCCUUCAGCGGAAUUACCCCCUAUGGAUACUUCCUCAUCAGCGCCUGCAAAGAUGGUAAGCCCAUGUUGCGCCAGGGAGACACAGGGGACUGGAUCGGAACGUUUCUGGGUCACAAAGGCGCCGUCUGGGGAGCCACUCUGAACGCAGACGCCACCAAGGCCGCCACGGCAGCAGCUGAUUUCACAGCGAAGGUGUGGGAUUCUGUCAGCGGAGACGAGGUCCUGUCACUGGCUCACAAACACAUCGUGAAGUCUGUCAGCUUUACGCAGGACAGCAACCUCCUGCUGACCGGAGGAAACGACAAGCUGCUGCGCAUCUAUGACCUCAGCAAACCGGACGCUGCUCCUCAGGAGAUCUCAGGCCACAGCUCAGCCAUCAAGAAGUCUCUGUGGUGCAACAACGACAGCCAGAUCCUGUCCGCCGCUGACGAUAAGACAGUCAGGCUGUGGGACAGCAGAUCCAUGGAGGAGGUGAAGACUCUGAUGUUUGAAACGUCCGUUAGCAGCAUGGAGUACGUCGCUGAUGGGGAGAUCCUGGUGAUAACCUAUGGAAAGACCGUGGCGUUCUACAACGCUCUGAGUCUGGACCUGAUUAAAACCGUGGAGGCGCCGGCUCCCAUCAACUCGGCCUCCCUGCAUCCUGACAAGGACUUCUUUGUCGCCGGCGGCGAAGACUUCAAGCUCUACAAGUUUGACUACGGCACCAAGGAGGAGCUGGAGUCCUAUAAAGGCCAUUUCGGUCCGGUCCACUGUGUGCGUUUCAGCCCUGACGGGGAGCUGUACGCCAGCGGCUCAGAGGACGGGACGCUACGCCUGUGGCAGACGGCGGUGGGGAAGACCUACGGCCUGUGGAAGUGCGUCCUUCCUGAGGACCUGGGAACAGAGAACUCGGAGCAGCUGUACAGCACCACCCCCGAGAUCAAGGCCUGAGGACGGGGAGAAGAGAAACGAGGACGAGGAGGCGUGCCUGAAGGCUAGCUGCAGUCUUUUAGCAGGCCACAUGGAGGAGCAGCAUCCAGAGCGUCUCCAUCCAGCAGGAACUGCUGUUCCAGCCUGACUGCUCUGUUUGUCAUCGCCCAAUAAUCUCUCACCCUUUCCUUCUUUUAAAGUCCUUGGGGCAGUUUGGGCUGCAGAGGAAACCAGUAGAGCUGUGAGUGGAGGUCACCGCUGCCUGCUUUCUGUCUGAUCAGCCGCGUUCUGAAGGCCUCAACUUCUUUUAAAUUCCCCAAAUGUUGAGAUGCUUGGCUCAGUUUCGGUUUGAAAUGUGGCUCCUAAGAAGCUGGACCAAGGCUUUAGUUUUCAGUUCAUACCAGAGGUAGUGGCACUGUUUGUGCUUUGAUUUCUCCCUACAGGAUGACUUUGAGUAUUUACUGCUGUUUUACUGGUUCAAAUAAAAGAAUAUUGUUUUGUGAUGACAUGGAAAUGGAAAAAGUGUCGCUGAGAUCUUCUAUGUUGCUUUUUCAUUUAUGUCCAAUGUGAAAUAAAUGAACUUUGGUUUUAUUUCUAAGUAAUGCACACA